GCAAGUUUAGUAAAUUCAGUCAACUGAAUCCGCUGAUAAAAGUACGACAAUGACUUUUUCUAAAGAUACCAACAAUAGAAGCAACAGCGGCGGAAAAAAAUGGCCACAAAUUCUGGUUGUUUUCGUUGCUGCUAUUGCGACUUUCGCUAACGGUCUUCACGUCGGAUGGCCCGCGCCCUCGCUACCACAACUCUUCUCCGACGAGUUCCCUUUCGACGUCUCAGCCGAAGAAGGUUCCUACAUUACAAUAAUCGGAAAUCUGGGGGCUUUCUUUGGAAGCUUCAUCGGAAACUUUAUCCUGGACAAAAUUGGCCGCCGGCGCUCCAUCAUCCUGAUAGCUCUUCCCCAAAUAACCUGCUUCCUGUCAAUUAUAUUGUCGUACCAAGUCAUGGAGCUGUUGUAUGUGGGUAGAUUUCUAGGAGGAUUGGGAGAAGGAAUGGUUAGUACCAUCACACUGCUUUACGUGGCCGAAAUAGCAGAACCUUCCAUCCGUGGUACUCUGGCUGUCAUGACCACAAUCGCCUGGUACUCGGGCGUACUCUUCGCAAAUAUCAUAGGGUCGUACCUAAGCAUACGAACCACCGCUUCAAUUGCCAUCGCGAUUCCAAUACUCUUCGUUGUGUUAUCGUGGAAGAUACCCGAAAGCCCGUACUACCACCUCAUGAAGAAAGACGAAGAAAAAGCCGAGCGCGUAUUGAAGUUUUUACGACGAAAAACCAACGUGAGUGAAGAACUGACGAAGCUUAAAGCAGACGUAGAACGUCAAAUGUCGGAAACUGGUACCUUCAGAGAUAUUUUUGCUAUUGACUCAAACAAAAGAGCUUUCCUUGUGACGGUGGUAGCUAGAUUCUUCCAGUUAUGUACCGGAGUUGCCGCAAUGAACUUCUACCUCCAGAUUCUCCUAAAAGAAGCCACUCAAAGUAUAGCACCACAAAUCGGUGCUUCAAUAGUUCUUCUAAUCCAACUCGUCAUGACAGUUAUAAGUGUCUUCAUUAUAGAUAGGUGGGGACGCAGACCUCUUCUUCUUUUCUCUAUAAUCGGUUGCUUUAUCGAUUUAGUGUUCCAAAUGAUUUUCUUCAUCCUUAAAGAACACACCAGUGUUGAUACUUCGGUGGCUGAUUGGUUCCCACUGAUGAUGAUGUUAGUACUCAUUUUUCUGUAUUCGAUAGGUCUAGGGUCAGUCGUUAGUGUCCUGACGAGUGAGAUAUUUUCUGCCAGUAUUAAAGCUAAGUUGAUUUGUUUGGUGAAUGGGUCGUACUCCUUGAUGACCUUGGCGUUUACGAAGUACUACCAAGCGACGGCUGACGGAUUUGGAUUGACCGUACCUUUUUCGAGUUUCAUGGUGUUGACUUUUUUCGGUGUUUUGUUCUUUUAUUAUUAUGUCCCUGAGACCAAAGGGAAGACGUUGGAGCAGAUUCAGCAGAGGUUAAAAAGGGGCCGAAAAGAGAAGAAAGCGAAAAACGUGAUCUAGAUUUUAAUGCUAUACUCUUUUUAAUUAACUGUAGAAAUAAAUACUUCCCUCACCCAUAAAGUACAACUUGUCAAAUCCAGCUCUUUCGAAAAAUUAAAAGAUUU